UCUCGUUUCAAGCAACGCUCGCCGGACACACGCUCCAUUCAUCCCUCCGUCUUUAUUUACCGGUGAACGCGACUGGCGUCGUGUGUGUGAAGUGUUCCCCAGGCAGGCAUGUCAGGCUCAACCUCCCCGCCUCCCUCGGUGGAGGCUGUGGGAGCGGAGGGGUGUUUCCCCCCCGGGUACAAACCUUUCAAACCCGAAGAGCACGGCCUUGAGCGCGGGUUCCGUCUCACAGCCUUCUCGGACCUGAAAGGAUGAGGCUGCAAGGUCCCGCAGGAGGCUCUGCUCAAACUCCUGGCGGGACUGGAGGCGGACCGGGCCGACGGGACAGGGAAGGCCGGAGACCAAGCUUCAGACUUCGGCCAACAACUGCCCGGCCCCCGGCUCGGUGUAGGGAUGGACUGCUGUGUGAUUCCCCUCAGACAUGGAGGACUCUCACUGGUCCAGACCACAGACUUCUUCUACCCUCUGGUGGAGGAUCCUUACAUGAUGGGCAGGAUAGCGUGUGCUAAUGUCCUCAGUGAUCUCUACGCCAUGGGCAUCACAGAGUGUGACAACAUGCUGAUGCUGCUGAGUGUCAGCCAGAAGAUGAAUGACAAGGACCGAGAGCGGGUGAUGCCGCUGAUCAUUCAAGGCUUUCGUGAUGCAGCAGAGGAGGGAGGGACUUCUGUGACAGGUGGCCAGACAGUGAUCAACCCCUGGAUCAUCGUAGGAGGAGUAGCAUCAGUUGUAUGCCAGCCAAAUGAGUUCAUCAUGCCGGAUGGUGCUGUCCCAGGGGACGUCCUGGUUCUGACUAAACCUCUGGGGACGCAGGUGGCUGUGAACGCUCACCAGUGGCUGGAUCAGCCUGAACGGUGGAACAAGAUCAAGUUGGUCGUCACCAGAGAGGAAGUAAAAGAGGCCUAUCAGGAAGCCAUGUUCUCCAUGGCAACGCUAAACCGCACAGCGGCCGGCCUGAUGCACAAGUUCCAGGCUCAUGCUGCGACAGACGUGACAGGUUUUGGGCUGUUGGGGCACGCCAACAACCUGGCAGCGCAACAACGCAACGAGGUGGCCUUCGUCAUCCACAACCUACCAAUCAUAGCCAAGAUGGCUGCCAUCAGUAAAGCCUGUGGAAACCUGUUCAACCUCGUGCAGGGCACUUCAGCAGAGACUUCCGGUGGGCUGCUGGUGUGUCUGCCUAGAGAGCAGGCGGCCAAGUUUUGCUCGGAAAUGAAGAGCCAGAGCUCCGCGGCCGGAGGUCAGGGGGCGGCGGGCGGAGCGUGGAUAAUCGGAAUCGUUGAGAAAGGCGACCGCCGCGCUCGCAUUAUCGACAAGCCCCGCAUCAUCGAGGUUCCACCACGAGGAAGCCAGGCAGCAAAUCAGGACAACAACUCCAGCAGCCCAGCCCCCAGCCCCAAUCUGUCAUAGACACUGCCACCCCUCUGACACUGGUCCAGUGUGUGUGUGUGUGUGUGUGUGUGUGUGUGUGUGUGUGUGUGUGUGUGUGUGUGUGUGUGUGUGUGUGUG